AGUGAUAUUAUGUAACAUAAACUAGCAAGAUACCGAAAACGUGUAAUCUACAAUUUCGCAAACUAUCCAAAAAUGGAAGUUGGAGUAAACACAUUCUAGUUUUGAAAAUGUUUGGUUGCCCAGCAACGUCCCGGACUAGCCACCAACAUCACAUUGAAAAGGUGAUGUGCUAAUCAAUGUAGCUGCGCGUGUUCGUGUAGGGUAUAUUCAGCAAUAUCACCCAACUGAGUAAAACAGCACAUUUAAUUUGCAUAAUUUCCUCAUGUGGCACAUGCAGUUUUAGCUCGCUGGUGCGAACUAACUAAUAUACAGAGUAACGUAAUAGAUAACUAAACUUUCAAUUUACGUCACUUUCAAUGAAACAACCAUCGACGUUUGUGAAAUUGGCGAGACAUAAAUCGAACAUGAUUUGAUUAAUGACAUGACGCGGGAGAGUUCGGCGAUAAUCGCAGUCUUUUGUAAAGUUAUAUGUUUGAAUGAAGAAGUUGAGAAGCUCUCAUGGUCUGUCAGUUAGUUGGUCCCGUGUACCUCAGUUGGUAGCGCAUGGCGCGAGGUUGUUGGUUCGAUUCUUGGGGGGAAGAAGUAUGAACAUGUAAGCACUAUUGCUCAGGAUAAUAACGUCUGCUAAAUGACUCAAAUGUUAAAUUUGCUCUACGGCGGCGCGCCUUUCCCUAGUGAACAAACACCGGACGAUUCCAAAACUAGAAAUGAGGAGACAGACAAAGUGAUGAGCUCAGGAGACUCCAACCCCGCCGCCACACCCACUCCUUGUGUGGACAUCCAGGGAGAUGGCAGAUGGAUGUCUUUGCAUAACCACUUUGUGUCUAACAGCAAGGACAAGGAACCAGAUGUCCUGUUUGUAGGAGACUCUCUUGUCCAGCUCUUGCACCAGUUUGAGGUGUGGCGAGAGCUGUUCUCCCCUCUCCACGCUCUCAACUUUGGGGUGGGUGGUGACGAAACACAGCACGUCUUGUGGAGAUUGAGCAAUGGAGAGUUGGCCCACAUCAGCCCAAAGGUUGUGGUGCUGUGGGUGGGAACCCAUAAUCACGGUCACACUGCAGAACAGAUCUGUGGAGGCAUUAUGGCCAUAGUCCAACUCAUCAAGGACAAGCUGCCGAAGGCUUACACUCUCGUACUGGGAGUGCUGCCCAGGGGUAAGAUGCCCAACCCCCUGCGGGAGAGGAACGCCCAGGUCAACAAGCUGGUCAAGGAUGCAGUGUCAUCUCUCCCCCACGCCUCCCUCCUCAACGUUGACCCCGGCUUUGUGCACUCGGACGGCAGCAUCUCCCACCAGGACCUGUAUGACUUCCUCCACCUCACCCCUCAGGGCUACCAGGCUGUGUGCCAGCCGCUACACGCCCACCUCAAGGGCCUGCUGGAGAAACAGGCUGAAAACUGAAUACCAACUGAUGGAGAACUGAUGGCCAAUGACCCACUCACUACAUCAGAGGUAAAAACCCUGGUCCUGGAGAGCCACAAGAAUACCGGCUUUUAGCACAUUCACUGCUUUUAGUACACUUUUUAGUAUUUAAGUAGAGACUUUUGUUCCAACCCAUGAUUCAAAUAAUGAUCUAGUCCUUGAUUAGUUGAAUCACGUUGAAUGUUUUGAAUGCUGGGCUGGAAGAAAAGCCUGAACUUAAAAGGCUUUCCAGAACCAGGGUUGGUAACCACUGCACAACUCUAUUCUAUGGGACCGUACUGUAACUUACCACCAAAAUGGCUGCGUAGAGGACCGCUAAACACUAAUAGGAUCAAAUAUCAGAUUUGACCACUUAUCACCAAUUGAGAUGUGAUUGAGCUGAUUUGAGAGAUUGUCUUUCUCUUCAAUUUCAUUCUGUAUUAUGGAUAUCAUGCACCAAUAUGUUAGGAUCUGUCUUUCCUGGCUGAUAGAUACUUCAUAAGAGCUUCCCCACAGAAAGGUUAGGAGAAUCAGAAAACCUACCAUACUAAAGGUUUGUUAUGUUUCCUCUCAAAAUAUCAAUAUCUCCUCACUUUGAAAACAUCUACAGUCCUACUGAUCUGAUUGGUUACUAAUAAUAUAAUUUAAAAUCCCUCAAAUUGUGUCCCAUAUGUGUUUAGACACGGCGACCAUUUACGGUGACGAUGCAAGAAGGCAUCACUUGGCCAGUUGGCUCCACUGUUAAACCAUUACUUGUUUCUGGUAUCUGUUUGCCACCGUUGCUUUUUGUUACUUGUGAAGAUUUAGGCUGAAUAUGUCUUAUUUUGGCUGUAGAAAUAUGGAGAAUGAAGGGGAAUGGUAUUUGGAGUGAAUGAUGAGGGCAUUUCAAAGUAGCGCUGAGACUGGUGGGUAUUUGGCUUGGAUAUGACAUGAUACUGAGUCAGUGUGUAUGGAUGUGUUGUAGCUAGCUUAUACUUGUCUUGCACUCUUUAUUCAAAGGCAGUCACCUCACGAGACCCAAGACUCCCUAUAAAGGCUGCAUAGACUGUUUGUAUAUACUGCAAAUGUAGUCCUAACUGCCUCUAUCUUGAAUGUUGAUUGUGGAAAAACGGAAUAUGUGAUGUCAAAAUGCAAUGCAUUAAAACCAAUGAAAGCUUA